AUGACGACCUCCGCCGAACAACACUCCAGCCUCCCCUAUCAUGGCUCCUGCCACUGCGGGUUUAUCAGAUACAUAACCUUCAUUCCGAUGCCACCAGCAGUUGUCCCCGAUGGGGCCAAAGGUGCCCACCUCCGAUUCUACAAGUGCAGUUGCACGACGUGUCACAAAAUGGGAAUGUUCCACCUGCGACUUCCGGACGCGCCCAACCAAUUCUUUUUACUCUCCCCGCUGGAUCACGAUACGCUGGCUAAUUAUAAAUGCCCCAAUGGUCAUAUAAAUUGGUUCUUUUGUCCGACGUGCGGCGUGCGAUGUUUCGCGACCGUACCUCACUGGAAGCAGGACCAGAUCGAUGUCGAAAGCAUUUCGGCGGCCAUUCCCACUCGUGAUGGCAAGCCCGAUCUGCCGGGUAUAGAAGAAUCGACGAAGACGGUCACAGUCUGGCGAAUGGAUCCUGAGAUAUUCCAGGAGGAUGUGACUGGGUAUCUAACGAUCAAUGCACUUACCAUCGAUCAAGAUCAGGCCCAUGGAAAGAAUCUUGAUCUGCGCCAGAUCGUGGAUAACAAAUUGGUCGAGUACAUGGAUUGGAACACGAAAAAGGGUGAUAGUCGAUAUGACUAUCCUCAUGACAAGGGGACCUGGUAG